AUGCAAUCACUCGUGCUUCAACCGAGCCUUUCGACGCAGUUUGGUCAAUUCAACCCGGGCCCAGAGCGGCGGCCGUUGAAUCGAUCGUGGUCUCCCAAUGCUCGAGGGUGCAGCCCCCGGGCUCAACUUCGAUCGAUGUCGGAAUCUCCUCCAACAUUAGAGACUAAGCCUCGGGGGCAGCCCUCGCCGGUAGAGCGCUCCGGUCCUGUCUCGGAGCUGUCGCAAGUACCGCUGUCUGAGCCACUGCCACGGCUGCCGGUGUAUACCGACGGCGGUCCACUAUAUACGGGCUCGCCUCGACCAUUACCAGGAGCACAGUAUCCUCUGGCAGUUCUGGACCCAGCUCAAUCCACCUCAGCUCGCUCACUGGCACAGAAAUCCACGCGGCGGACAAAGGCUCAUGUAGCAUCGGCCUGUGUGAAUUGCAAGAAAAAGCACUUGGGAUGUGAUCCAGCUCGACCCUGUCGAAGAUGUGUACUCUCGGGCAAAGCUUCAACAUGUGUGGAUGUCACCCACAAGAAGCGUGGACGACCUCCGUUGAAAGCAGAAGAUUCCUCGCUCAGAACGUACACCACUCAUUUAGAUAACCCAGCCAUCCCAGCUGAGGCCCACCAAACCAUGCCCCCGCGGCGCACCACCAUGCAUCGGGCCACGUCUUCGCGGGAAUUGAGACCCAUGACCGAUUUACAGGGACUCGAUGCAAGCUCAGGUGUCAGAACGCCACACAGGUGGUCAGCUUCAGUAUUUCCUCUCACUCGGCCUAUGGACCCCUCUCCAACCAUGCCAGUUUCGAGUCGCCGGCCCUUUUCUUCAUCUGGGCCAGCCUCGCAUCCAGUACCGACUCAUCCACAUGCGCCUCCGUACAUGCCUAUGGCCGGCUUUAACCCCAACCUCAAGGUUAACACAGUCCCCGCGAGCAUGGACCGACGGUUCCCACCAUAUAGCGGGGUUCCAGCAUUACCACCGCCUACUUCGCCUCCCCAACACCAAGCCCCUCCGUUGGGAAUUCCUUUCCUUGGCUAUACCGAACCGCCCAGCACCGCAGUCCGCCCGCCAAUGAGCGAUCCUCGGGUGCCACUGUCGCCUCGAGAUCCAUAUCAUAUCGAGUCGCCCGUGCGUCUCCCUCCAAUUCACCAGGCCACCGCCGGACCUCCUCCUCCCCACCACGCGCACCGUCUCAGCGACCCUUAUCCCGCAUCCUGGGGUCUCCCAGCCCGAGACGACAGUCACGAUUCCCGGCCUGCAUUCCACAGAUCUGCAGGGCCGGCCUUCAACUAUACAUUUCCCCACCAGCGCUCCUCCUCCAUCACUAGUGCGACUAUGGACCCCAUCCCCCGUCAUCUCGGGCCCAUCGAACUACCAUCUCCCAUUCAAGUUACAGCAGGAAGCUCACCUUCCCUGCCGAGGACCGAACCCCCACCAGAAACCGAAACCCAUGACAGGCCAAUCAAGCGGCGCAAGAUGGCACUGGAUGACAUGGUAAACGAUUAA